ACUCCAUUCACAAAAAAAAAAAAUUAUGGAUUUCACAAAAAUAAUAACUUUCUCGCUCUUAAUUUUCUCUCUCCUAAUCCCGACGAGGAUCACUGCCACAUGCACUAACGCCGUUUGUCGCCGUGGAGAUCCGAUUAUCCGUUUUCCUUUCCGUUUAAAACCCCACCAGUCCCAAUCUUGCGGUUACGACAAAGAAUUCGACUUAACGUGCGAUACUAACGGCGUUAACAGAACCACCAUAACGCUGCCGUUUUCCGGUAACUUCACCGUGGAGAUGAUCGAUUACGCUGCUCAAGAGAUUUGGAUCAACGACCCUAAUAACUGUCUUCCUAAACGGAUCUUAACGCUAAACCUCACGUCUACGCCGUUUAGUGGCGUUUACUCACGUCGAUUCUCGUUUUUUAACUGCCCGACGUCGGAGUAUCUCCCUUUGAGGCCGUUAAACCCGAUAACUUGUUUGAGCGAUGAGAACAGCACGGUGUUUGCGACUGCAUCGCCUAGAGUGGUGAACUACCUGUCGUCUCAAUCAUGCCGGUUAAUGAAAACCGUUGAGAUUCCAGUUCGUUGGCCGUUUUAUGAGCAGGCCGUGUCGUUUUCGGAAUUGAGUGAUAACCUCUGGCUCACUUGGAGGGUUCCGAGAUGUUUCCGGUGUGAGAUUAGAGGUGGUAAGUGUGGGAUUAAGAGUAAUUCAUCUAGUGAAAUCAUCUGCUCUGAUGCUCAUAAACCAGCUAUCCCGAGAAGAGCUCGUUACGCAAUAGCAAUCGGUGCAGGAAUCCCAGGAACUUUAAUCCUCUUCGGUCUUUUCUGUUUUGUGUACAGCAAAAUCAACGGCUGCAUCAAACGACACCGUCUCGUCCCACACCCAGAAAUCAACAACACUCGAGCUCAUUUUCACCAGUCUGGUAUUUCAAUAAUGGGUUUAGAUGGGCCGACUAUAGAUUCGUACCCAAAAAUAGUAUUGGGAGAGAGUAAAAGGCUGCCCAAAACAGACGAUGUCACGUGUCCUAUAUGUCUCUCGGAGUACGAGCCAAAGGAGACGCUUAGGACAAUACCAUCGUGCCAACACUGUUUUCACGCCAAUUGUAUCGACGAGUGGCUGAAAUUAAACGGCACUUGUCCGGUGUGUCGGAACUCUCCUGAGCAGAUUCUUCCAAUUUGAAGAUCAGGACGGAGUCGAAAGGUGAAGAUUCUCGAACGAUGAAAAUGUGUCCAAUUACUAAAGACACCGACAUUUUCUCACUCAUUCUCCGUGCCCGUGGGACCUCUUUCAGU